UUUUAGAAUACAUCUAUGCGGACACUGCAAUUUGUUUAAUACAGGAGACCUCCUGCUAUGUGGAUAUUUGUUAGCAAUGACUGAUGUGGAAACUACAUAUGCAGAUUUUAUUGCUUCAGGAAGAACGGGUAGAAGAAAUGCAAUACAUGAUAUCCUGGUUUCCUCUGCAAGUGGUAACAGCAAUGAAUUAGCCUUGAAAUUAGCAGGUCUUGAUAUCAACAAGACAGAAGGUGAAGAAGAUGCACAGCGAAAUUCAACAGAACAAAGUGGGGAAGCCCAGGGAGAAGCAGCAAAAUCUGAAAGUUAA